GAAACUUUGAAAGUUGGCGAUGUGCAUGACCGCUAGACGGAAAUGGAACUGUCACGCACGCGCGCGUUAUCAUUUCACUAACCAAUAGGGCAGCCUCGCACAAUUCAGCGGAUUAAAUACUUGCACAAUCCACACAGACGACACACGACUGGCACGAGCGCGCAAAACUUCUUUACGUGCGAAAGUUUGUUGUCGCUGAAACUCGUUAGAGAUUGGGGAGGGUCGGGUGAUGUUUGAUCUCGAUCUUCAUUCUAUCUCGGCCAGUCUGACAAUUUGCUGAAUGUGUUGACUUUUGUUUUUUUUAACCUGUGCCAACCACCUGGCAUUGGCAGUCAUGAAACAUUAUGGUGGAGGAUAUCACUGAGCUUUAGCGACGACUAAAUAUCACUCGAACUCAACUGACCAAAUUCGUGAUUGGAUAAUACUUCUUGUGAUUUUUGGAUUGACUUUUCGGUGUUUUGUUCGUAGAGAAAACCAGAAGUCUUGCUCCUGUGAGCUUGUGUUGAAUAGCAGCUGAUCUAAAGAUGGAUUUACAGGGACUCUUGCGCUAUCCAAUGCGGAUUGUUAUUAUUGGCUUUCUUCUCUAUUCGUCACUAUUUUUAGAAGUAUCUUCGCAGAGUGGAACUGCCAGUUUCUCACGGACUACCAUCACAUCCUCCAGAAGAACAAUCAGCCGAACAAGAACGACCAUCGUACGGAGCAGGCAACGUAUACCGUCGGGCAUGGCUUCUUCAGACACUCGACCCUGCUUGCGACCACCGACUCUAACUGGUCUGAUCCAGUUCAUUACGGUUGAUCAGAAUGCCAACAUCACCGAGAAUGGCAAGACCUUCCCGGCUGGAACCGCCAUCACGCAUGCGUGUCAAGACCCCGGAAGGGCUCGACUCUUCGGGUCAACGACACGGACCUGUAUUUUAGGAGUAUGGACAGCGCCCGCACCAACAUGCCAAACUACUCGAGUUCAGUUUGCACUAGCGACUACACCAACCCUCCCGCAAUCGUCCACAAGCGACGGCUCGUACGCAAUCUUUCUCACCCCCUACGUCACCAGCAUCGACAUCUCUUGCAUCAUCAACCAAGGUGGUAGGCCCGAGCUGGUAGCCAAUCACAUCUCGGACACAUCGCCACGUACUGUGUUUCUCAACGAGGUGGUGGGAGGUCGACAGAUGAAGAAAAUAAGGAUCACCUCUCCGGUCCCUUCCGAUGGCGGGACCUUCACGUGUGUCGAUUUGAGCAGGGCGAAUGAAAUGCACUCUAUUGAUCUGGUUUUUGAUGAUGAAAGAUAUGCACUUGGUGACCCUUGCCCAUCAGACAUCACUGUACCCACUGAUUUCAACUCGACCCACACCACUGUCACAUGGGACAUUCCGUCAUUGGCCAAUAACUACGGCGACACUCGACUGCUUUCGUACUAUAAACCGGGCAAUCGUUUCAACCUCGGAAAGACCGAUGUUGUAUACAACGCUUCGGAUAUCUUCGGAAUGGUCGAAGUUUGUGUAUUCACGGUAACGGUUCAAGAUGUUGAGCCGCCUACCAUCCUUGGAUGCUCCGAUGACAUGUCGGUCCCGACUGACCCGGGUCGGGCCAUGGCCCAGGUGUCUUGGAUUGACCCUGUUGCUAUCGACAACUCUGGCCAGGUUGAUCUCGUGACAAAGGCUCUUCCUGGCACCUACUAUGGUAUCGGAUCAUUCACCAUCGUCUACACAGCAACUGAUCUAGCGGGCAAUGAGGCCACUUGCUCGUUCAGUAUAAUGAUUGAAGACAGAGAACCGCCUCGGCUGACCUGUCCUGACGACAUCGUAGUGGAUACCAUCCCGGGCACUUCUCAUUCCCGUGCGAGCUGGACAAGACCUACUGCCACCGACAACUCGGGUCGAACAGUCAUCUUGAAGGAUCCAGGAACAGACGGUGUGUUCAUCUACGGUAUCUCCUACCGCACCUACUCGAUGCAAGAUGGCACGGGUAACCUUGCCAAUUGCACCUUCUCCAUCCAAGUCAGAGACUCUGAACCACCACGCUUCAUGAACUGCCCACGCAACGUUCGGCGAUACAUCGAAACAUAUCGUGAAAAUUCGACCUCGGUCCGGUGGGAAGAACCGAUCGCCGAUGAUAACGUUGGAAUAUCCUGGCCGUGGUUCAGGUCCCACGCGCCUGGUACAAAGUUUGCCGUUGGCGACCACCAUGUCUCCUACGUAGUCAACGACCUCGCUGGAAAUAACGUCACUUGCGAUUUCGACGUUUCUAUCAUUGAAGCGAUAUGUCCUUCGGAUAGGACGACGACCGGAGGAGAAACAUUCACAUGGCCCUCUACGAUGACGAGUACUCUGGCGGAGUCAGAAGAACGAUGUCCCGUCAACACUGCUUACGGUGGACACCCAGUGGCUAUCCGUUACUGUCAGUUUGACUACGCUGAUGUCGGGCUGUGGCAAAGCGUAAAGAUUAGGACCUGUGGCAGGGACAUCACACCACUUGAUUUCAGGGAUCUUAGUAAAGUCCCCGUUUCUAAGUACAACGUAAAAGAAGUAGCCGAAUACGUGGAGGCUGUCGUUGUGAACCAAACCGAAUUCGAGCGAGAAGACAUCAUGUUCCUCUCCGACACCUUGCAGAACAUGGCCGACGUGGAAUCUUCUUCAAAAACAGUUUCCAAUGCAUUUGUCCAAAUCGUUGACCAAGUCGCCGAAUCUGAUAUACCCGCAACUACCAGGGACGAAGUCGGGCACGAACUUGGCACUAUCCUCCAAACUCUAGACCGCCAGCUAAUGGAGAGCGCCCACUGCGACAAGAAACUCAACGUCGCGACCGCUUUCAUCGCGGUGCGAACCGCGUCGUUUCGCCCUGAUGAUGUCACAAUGGGAUUGACAUUUGCCCCCGUGACCUCUGAUAAGGAUAACAAUGACGGAGAGGAAGAGGAGGAAGAAGAAGAUGAUUUGCUAAGGACCAUCAUCAAGAACGAUACAGCCCCAAUGCAGAAACAUCUCCAGAUGGAAGCAUCCAUUCAGCUGCCUUCUGAAGUGUUUGAAGUUGCCUUCAACGGUACCGCAAUCCCGGUUAGCUUUGUUGUCUUCAAAGACGACACUCUCUUCCCAUCCGAGCGCCUACGCCGUCGGCAAGAGAACUACACCCAGAGCGUAGCCGCUGGUACAACGGGGCCAUCUGGUGACAAUGGCUACAGUGUAGCCCCUCAGUCCCAUCGAUUCACUAAGGUGUUAGGACCAAUAUUGUCCGCAUCAGUCGCCGGUGGCAUGACCAUCAUCAAUCUCAGUGAUCCGGUUGUGAUCGAAUUUGGAACUGAAGAGGGUUUGAAUUAUUCCAACAUUGAGUGUGUGUUCUGGGAUUUCGGACUGAACCAAGGGCGAGGUGAUUGGUCGAAUGAAGGGUGCCAAUUUGCUGGUCGUCGCACCGAUGGCGGUAUUAUUUGUUUCUGCAACCAUCUGACAAAUUUCGCUGUGUUAGUGGAUAUCCAUGGUCAAUUAGACAUCAACCAGAAGGAAAAGUUCGCUCUAGACAUCAUUACAAGAAUUGGCUGUUUCUUGUCCAUUGCUGGUCUUUCUUUCACCAUACUGACCUUCCUCUUAUUCAAAUCUCUGCGUACCAAUCGUUCUCGUCAAAUCCUAAUCCACCUCUGUAUCGCUCUCCUCAUCCUCUACGUCGUGUUCAUAUGUGGGAUCGUCGCGACGCGCAUCCAGUACGCCUGCAUGGUCGUGGCUGCCUUGCUUCACUAUCUCGUCCUGGUCACUAUCAUGUGGAUGGGGGUUGAAGCGCGUCAUAUGUACGUCAUGCUCGUCAAAGUCUUCAAGAGCGAGAGGUCAAGGUUCGUCAUCAAGGCCGCCCUCGUCGCCUGGGGUAUUCCAGUAAUCCCUGUAGCCAUUGCUGUAGGAUUGUCCACCGAAAGCUAUCGAAACAAAAGCUACUGUUUUCUGAUGCCUAGUCACGUGAUGUACUAUGGAUUGCUUCUCCCGAUCGGUGUGAUUUUACUUCAUAACAUCAUCACGUUCAGUUUGGCCAUUAGAAACUUGCUUUGUUCUGAUAUGAGCGGCAACUCCGUCAACAAAACAAAGAGAGAGCAGGUGAUAUCCAGGCUUCAGAACGCUGUCUGCAUGUCUGUCCUGCUUGGUCUGACGUGGUCGUUUGGCUUCCUAGCCGUGGGCGACGCCACCUUCGCCUUCCGUCUCCUCUUCUGCAUCUUCAACAGUUUCCAAGGCUUUAUCAUCUUCGCCCUGUUCUGCGUCCGGUCCAAAGAGGUCCGCAGCGCCUGGAGUUCCCUCUCUAUCAUCGAGUGUAACAUCCGCAGUCAGUCGUACCGUGUCAAGGAGAAGAGCUACCACGCGAACUCCGAGUCAGCUUGGAACGGGCCGUGCGUCAUCGACUGGGGCGACGCACCCGGAUUGGACGCCUACCUGCAAGCCAACAAGCAGAGGUUUCGCGACAGCGCCAACAGCGACGAGUCCCGGAAUGCGACGUACAGUGUGAGCGCGAGCGCGCUGAAUACGAACAAUAAGAUUAAUAAUGGCUGGUGACGGGCCGACAUAGAAAGCACGGAGGAGAGUGGUGUAAAUAUAUUUAUUCCAAGGUAGACUAGAGAGACUGAUGAGAUAGAGAUUUUGGACAAAGCCAUGAGCAGCUUCCAUAUCUGGGCUAUCUAUGAAUAUAGGCUACAGGUCGUGUGAAUAUGCACAACAGCCACUGAGUCAAGAAAAAAUAAAUACUAUGGUAUGUAUUAUUAAAUAAAUUUAACGUAGGUAGAUGGCGAUUUAGAAAUUAUAUUAUAAACAUUUUAUUUUACCAUUUCUAUAAUGAUACUGAUUUCUCGGGAGGAAUUCAAUUAUAUGUAUAUACUGAUGUUCUAUCGUACUUCUCCCUAAGGAUAUCACAAUGUGCAUUCGAGAAAUGAUUUAUGUAUAACUACUUUUGCGUGUUUGCUAAAAUAAUUUCCUGUUGAGAGUAAUGGAUUGUUUUACAGACCGAACUAAUAAAUCUGUAUGAAUUCAUUGAUAUCCUGAAAAAAAGAACAUAAUAUCUGGAGAGUCCCCGACGAACUUACUUCCAUCAUGUCCAUAUGAUAAGCAAGUCCUGGUAGCAACAAGAAAAUAAUAAUUAAAGUUAAACUUGUCUAGUAUGGGUCCUGUAAUACAAACAAAUUACGAUUCAUUGUAUCUCACCCCAAAGGAACCUCCUUCAAUAAAUCGCACCUUUACAGUAGGAAGUAAAUUACAAUUGAUUGAAGUCACAGAUGGGAACACAUCAAACAAUUGAUGGUAUAAUACAAUUUAUAGCAGCAAAGUUGGAGAUACAAUAAAUUUUGAAGACUGAUUGUACGUCGAUUUUUAUGUUACAGCUAUGGCUAUGGUCCACUUGCAUCAUAAAGUACAUGUACCAGUUAUGUUUAAGUUCCGUCCACGUUUCCCGAUAAAAUAGAGUGUAAACAUUUGAACAAAACUCCAGAUCUAGGCUAUAUUAUUGAACUAUUUUUUUUCCUUACUAGCUGCGAGGAAUAAAGACUUAGCUUCGCCAAACAUAGAAUAUGACGGAACCUCAGAAGAUGGGGCGGGCUAGGUUUUUAAGCAAACUGGAAAAUAAAGAAAUUUUAUUGAAUAAACGUUAUCGGAAUGAGGGCUUAGAUAAUGUACAUAGCCUAAAUAUUUUGCCCGUAAAACAGGUGACAGUCGACAUCGAUUUAUGAAAUAUUUGAGUCUGUUUCCAACAUCCAGUAAAUUCUCAAUAUAACUGUCUUGUUGUAUUGUUCAUAUUGAUAUAAUACAAGAACUAAAAGAACUGAAUUUGCUCUAUUUAAGGGACUAGAAUGACUCGUACUAUUAUUGUUAUGAUGUAAAUAAAAGUGUAAUGAUAAUGAAAAAA